GACGACUCUCCAUCCCCAUGCCAGACUCGAGCGCGCCCCCCGAUCUGACCUUCGAGACGGUGCCAAGCACCAGCGCGGCAGCGCAGGCAGCGCAGCACGCGUACUUCGCAGAAAUGGACGCACGGUUCCACGAAGGCUUCGACAUGUCGCUGUACUCGGGCAAGCCCGCGACCGACGACGAAGACGAGUUCGCGCCCCCGCGCGGCGCGUUCGUGCUUGGCUUCCUUGGGCACGAUCGCGACGCGGUAGCAUGCGGCGGCGUGCGCCUCCUCGAGCCCGGCAUCGCCGAGAUCAAGCGCAUGUGGGUGAGCCCCGCAGCCCGCGGGCGGCGCGUAGCCACCCGCCUCCUCACGCACUUGGAGGCGCAGUGUGGCGCGCUCGGCGCGCAUACGAUCCGCCUGGAUACCAAGGACGUGCUGCAUGAGGCCAUCGCCAUGUACAAGAAACACGGGUAUCAGGAGGUGCCGCGGUAUAACGACAAUCCGUACGCGACGCAUUUCUUUGAGAAAAAGACUGCGUAGGGUGCGCAGCGCGCGGUAUAGCGCCGUAGUUAUGCAUGGAAUUGGCAGAGCGG